AUGAAACAACAUCUAGCUGGAACAAAGGGGGAUGUUGGUGCUUGUUUAAAAGUUCCUUUUGAUGUUCAAUACUCAAUGAGAGAAUCACUAAAAGACAUUGGGAUAAAGAAUAAAGAGAAGGCUGAUUCUAGUAAGUAUAAUACUCCUUACGGUGCUCCCGUACAUGGAUUUGAGGGAGAUAUGUUCAAUGAAGAUAGUGAAGAGUUUCGUCCAUCAGGAAUUCACAUAAAUGAAGGUAGGUUUGACAGUAAAAAACAAAGUACAAUGCUAGACAAAUCAAAAAGAAAUAAAUCUAUUGGGCCUUUGGUGGAUGCUAUAGCUGCAAUUGGAUCUGGGUAUAAACACCCAAAUUAUCAUGCUUUGCAUGCCAAUUUGUUAAGAGAUGCUAAGAAGGAAGUGUCAUUGAUCAAUUUUAUGGUGUAUUAUCCUAAGGGAGUUUGUUUUGUGAAAUCAGUUAAUGCUUCAGAUGUUGUAAAGGAUACUGGGACAUUGUUGAAGAUGUUUGAGGAGGUAGCUUUAUGGAUUGGACCAAAUAGUAUUGUCCAUUUUGUCUCAGACAAUGGAUCCAAUUAUAAAGCUAUUGGAAGCCUAGUUAGUAAAAACGCACUCAAAUCAAUAUGGUACGAAAAAAAAGAUAAAAUUUGGGAGCAUGUUGAGGAGCUCCAAGGGAAUAAAUGGAAAUGGAAAUUUUGUCAAAAAGUAUUUAGUGGUGGGGCUUACAGAAUUAAAGCACACUUGUCGGGAAUUACUGGCCAUGAUGUUGAGAUUUGUAGUAAAGUCAAUCAUGAGACACAAGCAUGCGCGUUCUUAGCUAUGUCUGGAAGUGGAAGUAACAAAAAAUUAAAAAGUUCAGCCGGUUCUUCUACUGCUUUAAACUCUAAUGAUCAUCAGGAGGAAACAGAUUCACCAUUUUCACCACUUUCUAAGGGUAGCCAAAGAUGUCAAAGUCAAGCAUCUUUACUAGAAAUGAAUAAGAAAAAAGAUAAGGAGUUUGUUGAUAAAAUGCUUGCUAAGUGUUUUAUGGUGAACAAUAUUGCUUUUAAUGUUGUUCAAACUGGUGCUUUUGGAGAAUUUGUCAAGGCAAUGGCUGAAUAUGGUGCAGCAUACAAGCUUCCAUCUUAUUCAACUCUUCGAACUAAGUUAAUUCCAGAAUCUAGAAAAGGUGUUGAUGAGUAUGUUGCUAUGGUGAAGCAUUCUUGGGAUACAUCUGGAUCUGGUUGCACUAUAAUGUCUGAUAUAUGGACUGAUAUAAGGCACCGAUCUUUCAUUAAUCUUGUGGCAUAUUCACCUGGCGGUGCAGUGUUUAUAAAAUCAUUAGAUGUUUCUCGAGAAAGAAAAACUGGGAUUUAUCUGAAAGAAAUUUUUGUUUCUGUGAUUGAAUCAAUUGGACAAGAACAUGUUGUGCAAUUCAUAACUGAUAAUGGUAGCAAUUUCACAUCUGCUGGUGACAUGCUCAUUGGAUUGUAUCCUCGAAUGUAUAAGACGAGGUGUGCUGCUCAUGGAAUUCAGCUUCUUUUGAAAGACAUAUAUGAAGAAGUUAAUUGGGUAAAAGUUGCCACAGAUGAAGCAAGAAUAAUAGUUAUGUUCAUGACACGGUACACAGUUCUUCAUGUAGCAAUGAAAGAGUUCACCAAAGAUAGACAAUUGAGACAACCUUAUGCCACAAGAUUUGCUUCAAAUUUUUUAAUGCUUCAAUCUGUGUUGGAUUUGGAGAAUGAAAUUCGACUCUUUGUUGCUUCAUCUGAAUUGAGGGGUUUUGAUUAUUGUAAGACCGAAUCAGGUAAAAGGGUCACUGAAAUUGUUUAG